UCCACGCAUUUCUCGUCUUCUUGCAAUCCAAGUGUUCGAUCGAUUGUUCGUCGGAUCACUGUCCAUGAUGGGGCCGAACUUGUCGACGGCGACGGAGAAGAAGAAGGCGGCGGCGAAGAGGAGGGCGUACGUGACGUUCCUGGCCGGCAACGGCGACUACUGGAAGGGCGUGGUGGGGCUCGCCAAGGGCCUGCGGCGCGUGCGGGCGGCGUACCCGCUGGUGGUGGCCGUGCUGCCGGAUGUCCCCGUCGAGCACCGCCGCAAGCUGCUCGACCAGGGCUGCGUCGUCCGGGAGAUCCAGCCGGUGUACCCGCCGGAGAGCCAGACGCAGUUCGCCAUGGCGUACUACGUGAUCAACUACUCCAAGCUCCGCAUCUGGGAGUUCGUCGAGUACGAGCGGAUGGUCUACCUCGACGCCGACAUCCAGGUGUUCGACAACAUCGACCACCUGUUCGACCUCGACAAGGGCAGCUUCUACGCCGUCAAGGACUGCUUCUGCGAGAAGACGUGGAGCCACACGCCGCAGUACAAGAUCGGCUACUGCCAGCAGUGCCCCGACAGGGUGGCGUGGCCGGAGCAGCAGCAGGAGCUCGGCCCGCCGCCGCCGCUCUACUUCAACGCCGGCAUGUUCGUCCACGAGCCCAGCCUCGGCACCGCCAAGGACCUGCUCGACACGCUCGUCGUCACGCCGCCGACGCCCUUCGCCGAGCAGGACUUCCUCAACAUGUUCUUCCGCGACACCUACAAGCCCAUCCCGCCGGCGUACAACCUCGUGCUCGCCAUGCUCUGGAGGCACCCCGAGAACGUCGACCUCGACCAGGUCAAGGUCGUCCACUACUGCGCAGCGGGGUCGAAGCCAUGGAGGUUCACCGGGAAAGAGGAGAACAUGGAGAGAGAGGACAUAAAGAUGCUGGUGAACAAGUGGUGGGACAUCUACAACGACGAGAGCCUCGACUACAAGGAGGUGGUAGAGGAGGAGGACGCCGGCCAGCCGAUGCGGGCGGCUCUCGCCGAGGCCGGCGCCGUCAAGUACUUCCCGGCGCCCUCCGCCGCGUAGGCUCGCCUCGCGAUCGCCACCGUCAAUGUCGUCUCUUGAUAGCUACAGCCACUUCACCAGCUUUAAUAAGGAGUACUGCUACAAUACACACAUAUAUGAUUAAUUACUUUUGAGUGUUUUUUUUUGCUUUGUUUUAAACGGUUAAAAAUCCCCAAAUUAAAGUAUGUAUUCGGUUUGUAAAUACGUACGUAGGUUGGUCUGACUAUAUAUAAAUAGAUCUUCCUAGAAUAUAUGUACGUUACCUGCUGAAACAUUUUGGAAGCUAAUAUAUAAAGCUUUUCUAUACCUAUGUUGUGUCACGCUCAGAAAUUUACA